AAGCGGAUAUGGGCCAUUUGGUCACGUGUCUCGGUUGGCUAAACGUUGACACUUUCGUACAGUUGACACUUUCUUACAGUUGGCGCUGGAAUGUGUUUCAAAGUUUGCAGUGAGACUACUGGAAUGUUGCUCACAUGACGACGGCGCUAACAAGUGACCCCCACCAGUGGUCCAUGCAGUGAGCAGUGAGCGUUGGCCCUGAUGGAGAGUAGCUGGCGUGUGCCAGUGUUGUGUUGUCGUCCUCGUGUGUUGCUGCUACACACACUCUUCUGGUGCCUCGUGGCCCUCAGGGUGUUUGGAGCUGCCCUGCUGGCUGAAGACAAGACUGCAGCGGUGGUGGCCCCCUGCUGGCUGCUGGAGGAGUUUGUGGUGACCAGCGAGUGUUCACAGUGUGGUGCCUUCCAGACGAGGACCAGGGCGGCGUGCGGACACACAGGUUACGUGGAGCGCGUCAACUGUACCAAGUCCAACAAAGACGACUACAAGAGCUGCCGCUCCGCCUCCAUGGAGGAACAUCUCUUCUGGAAGUUUGAGGCGGCCAUGUUGGCGGUGACGUCGCUCAGUGCCAUGGUUGUGGUCGCACGCCAGCGAUGGCUCGAUCGCCUCGCCUCAGAGAAAGUUCGCAGACAGAUCGAGUCCAUAUGAGAGCUUCAAGGCCAUCUGUAAAAACCAUAACUUUAUUUCAAAUCUUGUCAGCUGCUCAUCACAACGGAUAAAAAAACUGUUGAUGACAUGACUGCAGUGUCCCGGUGUCUUUGAACGCAGCAUCAGCUUGUUGUUUAGGUUGAUGUUCGUCAUAACAAAUAAAACAUGUUGACAUCACCGCAACGUCCCAGUGUCUCUGAACGCAGCAUUGGCUUGUCAAAACUGUUGGUGGUAUGACUGUUGAACGCAGCACCAGCGUGUUUGAACUGAUGCUCCAAAACAUGUUGAUAUCACUGCAAUAUCCCAUUGUCUUUGAACGCAGCACCAGCGUGUUUGAACUGAUGCUCCAAAACAUGUUGAUAUCAUGCAAUAUCCCAUUGUCUUUGAACGCAGCACCAGCGUGUUUGAACUGAUGCUCCAAAACAUGUUGAUAUCAUGCAAUAUCCCAUUGUCUUUGAACGCAGCACCAGCGUGUUUGAACUGAUGCUCCAAAACAUGUUAUCACUGCAAUAUCCCAUUGUCUUUGAACGCAGCACCAGCGUGUUUGAACUGAUGCUCAAAACAUGUUGAUAUCACUGCAACAUCCCAUUGUCUUUGAACGCAGCACCAGCGUGUUUGAACUGAUGCUCCAAAACAUGUUGAUAUCACUGCAAUAUCCCAUUGUCUUUGAACGCAGCACCAGCGUCUUUGAACUGAUGCUCCAAAACAUGUUGAUAUCACUGCAAUAUCCCAUUGUCUUUGAACGCAGCACCAGCGUGUUUGAACUGAUGCUCCAAAACAUGUUGAUAUCACUGCAACAUCCCAUUGUCUUUGAACGCAGCACCAGCGGUGAACUGAUGCUCCAAAACAUGUUGAUAUCACUGCAAUAUCCCAUUGUCUUUGAACGCAGCACCAGCGUGUUUGAACUGUUGCUCCAAAACAUGUUGACGUCACUGCAAUAUCCCAUGGUCUUUGAACGCAACAUCAGCAUGUUUGAAUUGACGUUCCAGAAGAACAUGUUGACAUCACUGCAAUAUCCCAUUGUCUAUGAACGCAGCAGCAGCUUGCUCAAAUUGACGCUCAUUAA